AUGGAGGCCGCAAACCAAGCGCCGGACUCCACUCCAUCCACUCCGGCCAGGCACUCACCUGCCUUAUCCUAUGCAUCCGAACCUCAGAUGCUGCAGGAGGAUGGAUGGAGGGAUAUACUGCCCAACCUCCUAACGAAGACUGACUUCGAGGCCCUCUCAGAUCGCCUAGGCCGGGUGGUACGUGAAGAAGUGGCCCAACUCCGUGCUGAUAUGGCAAACAUGGAGGCCCGUAUGUCCGUGGCAGAGGCAGAGACAAAAGCCCUCCGGACAGACCUGGAACACACCAACACGGCAGUCACAGGCCAGGAAGCAGACAUGGCAUACCUCACCACGUGGAUAGAUGACCUGGACAACCGCGGCCGCAGACUGAACCUACGCGUCCGCGGGGUGAGGGAAGGAGGCCCGUAG